CCUCCGUCCCAGCGCCUCCCCGACCUCCCCCUCGGGCACUCUCGCGCUAACUGCGCUCCUCCGGGGCCUCUCCGCCAGCUCCCAGCCAUGGUGGUCUGGCGCUCGGCGUUCCUCAUCUGCCUCGCUUUCUCCUUGGCCCCUCUGUUCCAGAGAGGAUCUGGGGACUCUAAUUUACGUCUGGAGGAUGCAUUGAAAGAAACUUCCUCAGUAAAGUAUGAUGAUUUUAACUUGGCUGAUGCCCUGGAUGACCGAAAUGAUCGAGAUGAUGGCCGCAGGAAACCGAGCGCAGGAGGAGGAGGUGGUUUUUCAGACAAGGAUCUUGAAGACAUAUUAGGCGGUGGUGAAUACAAACCUGACAAAGGUGAUGGUCGGCAUGGCAGUGACGACUCUGAAUCCGGAGUGUCGGCCGAGGCCAGCACCAUCGCGGGUGUGGCCAGCGCCCUGGCCAUGGCCCUGAUCGGCGCGGUCUCCAGCUACAUCUCCUACCAGCAGAAGAAGUUCUGCUUUAGCAUCCAGCAUGCAGCAGAAGGUCAAGAGGGUCUGAAUGCAGACUACGUGAAGGGAGAGAACCUGGAAGCCGUUGUGUGUGAGGAGCCCCAAGUGAAAUACCUGACGCUGCAGACGCAGGCCGCGGAGCCGCCGCCCCCCGAAGCGCCCCGGAUCUGAGGGCCACUGCUCGUGACCAGCGCCUCGUUCCAUUUGGACCCGCUUCUCUGACGUCAUCGGCUUCUCGCUCUAACUUCCGGAUGAGCUCGGGGUGUGUGUGAGUUUGGUUUCUGUGCCUGCCCUGCCAGAGGCUCUGAAGAGACUUGGUGUCGAAUCCGAGGCCCAGCUCUGGCAGAAAGCCAGCCA